AUGGAUGGAUCUGUCCUUCUGUUGAGCUCUAUUCUAUCCAUUCUUUAUCUCUUUGAAUGUUCUCAGAUUCCCGUACAGGAAAAAAUGCUUCUCAAAGCUUUGGGAUUGAAUGGAAGACCAAAUCCUGUUAACAGAGCGCCUGUCCCUAAAACACUCUGGGAUAUUUUUGAGAAAGGAAUACAGCAAGACAAUCCUUGCAGGAUGGAAGGGUUUCAAGUGCCAGGAAAUAUUCUUAGAUCCUACAGAGACCAAGGACCGCUAAUAUCCAGUGAGUUGCAACAGGGGUCAUUGUGCUUAAGGAAACAUCUGUUCUUUGACCUGUCAGCUGUGGAAAAACAAGAACAAAUAACCCUGGGUCAAUUGGAGAUCAAGUCCAGGCACAAUGUGUAUUAUGGUCAGGAGUUCCAUUUACGUCUGUUCCGCAUUUUACAAAUGUCCCUAAAAGGCAUGAGACAACAUAAGAAAAGCCAGAAACUUAUUGUGGCCCAGUCUUUUAGAUUGCUUCAUAAAUCCCUGUAUUUCAAUCUAACGAAAAUGGCACAAGAUUGGACUAACAUGGAGAAGAACAUGGGACUUGUUUUGGAAAUAAGCACAACAUCCAACAGUUCAUCAUCCCAAUGUGAGCAAAUUCACUCUUUCAUUCACAUAUCUUUACUCACAGUCUCCCUUGAUCCCUCUAGCUGCAAAACUUCUCGAGUUAAGAGGAGUUCCGCAACGCCCCAGCUGACCCCCAGCAACAUCUGUAAGAAGAGAAACCUGUAUAUUGACUUUAGGGAUGUGGGGUGGCACAACUGGGUUAUUGCACCCCGAGGUUACAUGGCCAAUUAUUGUCAUGGGGAAUGCCCAUACCCACUGACAGAAUUGCUCAAGGGCACCAACCAUGCUGUGUUGCAGACACUAGUUCACUCUACAGAGCCAGAAUCCACUCCCUUACCUAGCUGUGCCCCAAUAAAGCUAUCUCCCAUCUCAAUGCUGUAUUAUGACAACAAUGACAAUGUAGUGCUGAGACACUAUGAAGACAUGGUAGUUGAUGAGUGUGGUUGCAAGUAAGGAUGCCUUGAGAGGCCUUCCCACUGUCUCUUCUGUCUGCCAUCAUAUCAUACGAA